UGAGUCCAUGCUGGGGGGGAAACUUCCGAAGGUUCUGACUUCAGCAGUUUGUGUUAAGACCACAGCUGUGUGACCUUUUUUAAAUAUAGUUUUAAUAAGUUAAUUUAAUGAGGGACUUUUGUGUUUUUGUAGAGAUUGGCUCUGUUAAAUGAAUUAGUUUGUAUCUCUGUAAAGAUUGAAGCUAAUCCUAAUUUAAUUAGCUGGCUAAUUAACAUUAUUUAUCAAGACUCAGGUUUAUGAUUAGUCAUGUUUAGCUUUUACAAGAAAGACUAAUUAAAAACUCUACAAUGAUGUGAAUGAGUGGAACUGAUCAUUUGUGCUCCAUUGAGAUGGUUAUAAACAAGCUUUCUUGAUUGAUUGAUUGAUUGACUCUUUCCAAGGGAUCUGAUCAAAUCUGAUCUGAUCUGUAUGUUGAAUCUGAUACUGAAUUGGACGUCAUGGGAGAGCAGAGAAACUCGGACGGAGAGGUGAACAAGAAAUGUUUCUCCAACAGCGAAGCCCAGAGCGAAAGCCAAGUGCAGGUUUUCUCGGAGCCCAGCGUGGAGUGUCGGGAUCAGAUGGAGACCCGUUUGUACAAAAGAAGAUGGCUGAUCGUGUUUCUGUUCAGCUCUUAUUCACUCUGUAACUCCUAUCAGUGGAUCCAGUACAGCAUCAUCAACAACAUUUUCAUGAAGUUCUACAAUGUUGACUCCUUCACCAUAGAUUGGAUGUCGAUGAUAUACAUGCUCACCUACAUCCCACUCAUCUUCCCCGUCACAUGGCUCCUGGACAAGAAAGGCCUCCGCGUGGUGGCGCUCGCGGCCACGGCCCUCAACUGCGCCGGGACGUGGAUCAAAGUGGCCAGCGCCAGGCCCAACCUUUUUCCUGUCACCUUUCUGGGUCAGGUGACAUGCUCCGUGGCUCAGGUGUUCAUCCUUGGGAUGCCCUCACGCAUCGCCUCAGUGUGGUUUGGGUCAGAUGAGGUUUCCACCGCAUGCUCCAUCGGGGUUUUUGGAAAUCAGCUUGGGAUCGCCAUUGGCUUUUUGGUUCCACCGAUCCUGGUUCCGAAUGUAGAAGACAUGGAUGAGCUGGCCGGUCACAUUCAAGUGAUGUUCUACAUCACGGCGGGCGUGGCCACGUUCCUGUUCAUCCUGGUGCUGAUCGUCUUCGAGGAGAGACCUGCUCUUCCUCCAUCUCAGUCUCAAGCUUCAGCUCGUCUCAUCCCCACAGAGAAUUAUUCAUACUUGUCCUCUAUCCUUCAGCUCCUCCGCAACACUCCCUUUGUCCUGCUCAUCAUCAGCUAUGGAUUGAACGUCGGCUGUUUUUACGCCGUGGGGACGCUGCUCAACCAGAUGAUCAUCAAACACUAUCCGGGUGAAGAGGUGAAUGCUGGGAGAAUCGGCCUCACCAUCGUCAUCGCCGGAAUGGUCGGCUCACUCAUCUGUGGGAUCUGGCUGGACAAAACCAAAACGUACAAACAGACUACGCUGACCGUGUAUGUGCUGUCUCUGAUUGGUUUGGCUGUUUACGCCUUCACGUUGAAUCUCGGUCAUCUGUGGGUCGUCUUCAUCACCGCUGGAGCUCUCGGAUUCUUCAUGACAGGAUAUCUACCUCUGGGUUUCGAGUUUGCGGUUGAACUCACGUAUCCUGAAUCUGAGGGGACGUCCUCCGGCCUGCUCAACUGCUCAGCUCAGGUGUUCGGGAUUAUUUUCACCAUCUGUCAGGGAAAGAUCAUCAACGCUUUUGGUACAUUACCAGGAAAUCUGUUCCUGUGUGCGUUCCUGAUUGUCGGGAUGAUUAUAACAGGAUUUAUUAAGUCUGAGCUCCGCAGGCAGAGGGCCAAUCAGUUCGGCAAGAUCUCCGCUGCAGUCGUUCAGGAUUACAGUGCCACGACUCCGAUUAACUACUGAUCACUCAAUCACCUCUCUGCACAUGCAGGCACAGGAAAAGUCAAAUGGAUCCCAUGUGAAUUCUCCUGCUGUUGGACCUGCUACAAGAUUGUAAACUCACACACGCUUCAGUGUUAAUGUGUUUAAGUAGUAUGUGUAUUUAUUAUCGACAUCAUGAUGUUUAUAUACAGUCAGGUUCAAAAGUCUGAGUCCAUUGUGGGCGUGUCCCAAACCACACACUCAAUACAUUGUAUAAGCACCUUAAUUCGUCAACUACAGUGGGGCAUAAAAGUAUUUAG